AUGGAAGGAGAUCGUUCAUCGGCGUGCCUGAUGCUUAACGAGUACCAAUAUAUCAAAGAUUUCCUUUCUGAGCAAAUCACGGUCGCUCCCAAGCUAGAAUUCAGGUGUAUGAUGGAGAAGAUGUUGGAAAAGGCCAACACCUACCUUACCGAGGCGAUCAAGUGCGAUUCCGUUCUCAUAGCAACAGUAUUAAACCCUGCAUACCAACUCUCCAUCUUUCGAAUCUUGUUCCAAGAUCGAUACAAGUCAACCAAGAAACUGUUCCGUCAAGUAUACAACCAGCGCAAGUCUGAGCUUGAGGACGAUGCAAGUCCGAGAUAUACAUUCACAACAGAUGAAAAUCCAAGCCAAUCAACCAGUCGCCGUCGGGUGGCGCCUUAG